UUUCACAACCGAGCCCACUCUCUCCAUUUACCUCUGUCUCCCUCUCUCUCUCUCUCCAAAAAACUAAUUUUACAGAGAGAGAGUGAGACCCCAGUGUGAGAAAAUGGGAGGGUGUUCAUCCAAGUCAAUGCUAAAGAAUGUGGAAGAGGACGUCGACGACGUUCCUCUUCCAAUGCCGGUGAAUCAAGUGGCUUUGACCGUCGACGACGUUCCUCUUCCAAUUCCGGGGAAUCAAGUGGCUUUGACCAACAACACGGAAGAGGCUGUUGCCCCGGCCGAAAAGGCCGAAGAGGAGACAUGCGCGGUCGAGCAUGAACCCAAUGUCGAACUAGAACUCGAGCAAAUGAAACAAGAAGACACACUCGAGGCCGAGAAGGAAAUUGCUACUGAGAGCCUGAUAACCGAAACCACGAGCAACGAAAAUGUAACAAAGAAAUCACCUUCUGAAGAGAAUAAAACAGAAGAAGAAGUCCAAGAACUCGUCGAGACACCCGAAACAUCCGCUUCCGACGAGAAAGAAGCAGAAGCCUCGCCCGAAACAUCCGCUUGCGACGAGAAAGAAGCAGAAGCCUCGCCCGAAACUCCAGAGAAGAUCGAGCCAGAAGGCGAAGCUUGUGUUGAAGAGGAAGAAGGCCUAGUCAUCCCGGUAGAGGCCGAAAACAAAAUUGAGGUCUCUGAGAAAGAAACUGAGACAUCACAAGUAGCUGAAACAGCUGAGGAAAGUAAUGAAACGACAACUCAAGAGGAGGAGGUGAAGAAGGUCGAGGAGGAGCAACCUGCUCCUCCCAAGUCGAGGUUUAGGCUGUGGUUCUAGAGCUCGACCAUCGUUCCAUUUUCCUCUCUGCCAUUCACAUCAUAUCCUCUAAUUUUUUUUUUCCCCAGUGUUUUAUUACCAUGUUUUUGAAGAUUCCUAGCUGAAAAUUGCUUCUUCUAGAAUAAAAUUUUUGUUGCGCCAA